CGCUCCCAUUGGCUCCCGCACCGCGCUAGGGCGACCAUCAUCGCGACUUUUGCGACGGCAACGCAGCGCGCCCUAGCUGUCAAUCCCCUCCGCAUCUCGCGACAAUCGCCUCCGCCCGCGCCCCAUGUCGAAGCCCGAAUCUGCCGAUGGCGCCCACCCCGCCGCUAUCGCCCCCCCGGGCCCCGCGCCCCCCAAGGUCGACCCCGUCUUCUACACCUGGAGCAACACCUUCUCCAUCAUGCUGGGGCGCAUGACCGGCAACCGCGACGUCAGUCUCGAGCGCAAUUACUUCACCGAGCUCGACGCCACCAAGGCCGAGUCCAUCUGCAAGCGCUGCGACUCCAACAAGGAAUACCUGCUGCAGUACUCGCCCAUCGUGCGCUUCCUGUCCGACGAAGUCUACAAGCUGGGCGGCGACCUGACCAAGGACAACAUCCUGUGCCGCAUGUGCACGAACGAGCAGUCGGGCGGCUUCAGCCUCGACCACGGCAUUCUGCUGUGCGCCAACAAGUUCCGCAAUCGCGGGCACCAGGAGGACACCAUGGCGCACGAGAUGGUCCACGCGUGGGACCACUUGAAGUGGAAGGUGGAGUCGACCAACAUGCGGCACCAGGCGUGUCUGGAGAUUCGCGCGUCGACGCUGUCGGGCGAGUGCCGCUUUACGCGAGAGUUCUUCACGCGCAACCAGUGGAGUAUCACGGAGCAGCUGCAGGCGUGUGUGCGCCGCCGCGCGGAGCUGUCGUUGUUGCAACGGCCGCAGAUAAAGGACGAGGCGCAUGCGAAGAAGGUGGUGAACGAGGUGUGGGACAGCUGCUUCCAUGACACACGGCCGUUUGAUGAGAUCUACCGAUGAAUGGAUGACUUGGACUGGGCGGACUUGUUGUAUAUGUCAGAGAAGGUAUAAUGUGUAUGAUAGUGUACAGGAUGGCACAUGCAUAGCGACGGCGUUUAGGGACUCACUUUCGCAUCUCGGUGAAUAUAUCAUGUAAAGAAUACAGUUGAGCGUCUUCUC